AUGGAGGAUUCACAAAACAUUCAACGUAUCUUCCUAGUGGAUAUCGGACCCGAUAUCAGAUGUCAAACGCGGUUCGUUCAUAUUGCAGCAUCUGUAACUUGUAUCAUUAAUGAAAGUUUGAGAUUGAAAAUUGUCAGGUAUUUUGGCAAUAACGUUUGCGUCUAUUUCAUUUUCGGUUAUUGCACUGCUUCGUUGGCUGACGCGACUGUUUAUCAUUCGGUGCAAGCCUUACGGUUAAAAACGACGAGCAAUUGUGAACGAUAUGGAGCCCGGGUAAACCGACCGCCUGUGGACUACUGUGCGGUAGUAAUCAUAGUCACUCCGAACAGUCAACGACACUCGCAAGAUCCGCAAGUGGAUAACAGACUAACGAUGCCGUAUCUAUCGGCCUUGUUUCCGUUGAUCUUCCUGCUGGCUGGAGUCAACGCGGCUGGCAUCGGCGAAGCUUGGCAAGUUAUGCCGCAUGUGAAAUCGGUCUACACGGAUCAUCCGUUUCGACCACGAUUGGACUCCUCGGCAUUUGAAGUUCGUACUGUAAGCGGAGUGGGUCGUCUUGCACCGUUCGACGAAUCGCGAGACGCUCAGAAACACCCGGAACACACCACGCCGAGUUUCGUGGAGCCAAACACCGUGCCGGAGGGGCCCAAAGAAGUCUUUCAUGAGAAUAAAAGUCUCGAGCGUUUUCGGAAACUCUUGGAGGAUUCAUCGUACAGCAAUGGCGAGAUUGAAGAUGAUGUUAAAAGUGACGGUAUACCUAUUCAAAAGAUAUUCCAGAAGACGCUUAUGAUGAGAAUUUUGCAUGCGGACAAGGAGAACGACGACGACGACGACGACGACGACGACGACGACAACGAGCAAACUACGCGAGGGACUGUACAGCGUAUUCGUAGGCAAGCGGAGAACGAGACGAGUAUGGAAAAGAUCUCGACGAUGAAGAGCGUGCGCGAGGCUCGUCUAAGCUCCCCCGAAACGUGGUCGACCGCGGCGCAGCCGAUCUCGGUGGAGUUUCGCCAUCGCAUCCCGUUGGAUCAGGUGAUCCAGCAGCAACAGGAGGAGGAGGAGGCCGCCGCUCUGUCCAGCAUCUAUCGUAGACAUCAAGCACCCCGGGUGGACUUUGUAACCGGCCAGAAUCGACGCUAUCCGGAUUACCGCGAGUCGCGGGAUAUACCGCUCGCGAAGAACUACGACGACUACGAGCAGACGUCCUGGUAUAGAAACGCGAUUCGCGAGAGGGAUUACGAGUACCCGUCGUAUCGUCGUGGAUACAGUUACCAGUAUCCCGAUCGUUACAGGAUGGAGAGGGAUUAUUACAUGCGCUCGCCGAGCGAUCAGUACUACUACGAUCGUUACGAUCGUUACAGAGACGACGACCUCGAUCUCUAUGGGAGAAAUCGGCCAUCCGCGCCGAAGCCCAGACGGAUCAUCUAUUACGCCACCCUGCCCGAGAUCGUGAGGAAACCGGUGGACCUGAGGAACUACCCGCGAUACGACGCGAAUGCGAUCAGGACGCCGGUCACGCGGGACGACGCUUAUAAACGCAUACCCGGCAACGUUGAUCCUGGCAAAUAUCGAUACAGACAGUCGUACGGCGGUUACGAUCCCUACACAAAGAGAUCGAGCUAUUACGAUCGUCCGUACGGAUAUCCCGAGGGCGAUUCACGGCGAGUCAGGGUGUCGACCAAGGAGGACUUGAGAAACGACGGAUUCGGAGGAGUGAGCAACGAGAGGAAAGUGAGCAAUCUCAUAGCGAUCAGGGACGACGAGUCCGGCAAGCUGCCCUGGCCCGUGCAAAUCGGUGCGGAAGUUAGCAUUAAGGAUGAUGAGAGAAUCCCCGGCCGGAAGAUCUUUGGCGAGUCGAGCGUCGGCUAUGAGAGAUUCCAGAGUGCGCAGUUGCAGAAAGCGCCGGAUGCCACAGGAUCCAGCGAGUUCCAAAGCGACAAUUAACACGUUGAGGAUUGCGCGCGUUUCAUUACAUAAAGAAAGGCUAUAAUUCUAGACUUAUCUCACGUGGGAUUACAUGUAUAGUCACGAUAUUAUCGAAAUCACAAUUUGGAAAGGAUAAUUUUGGGCUAUAUAUGAUAUUGAAAUGAUAUUGAAUACGCGAUGAUAAAAUAUACAAUUUCAAAUAUAAGUAUUCAAAUAUAUGAUAAUUCAAGAAAUA